GGUGUGUUUGGAGAACAGACAGAGGGGAGCUUUGUGUACCUCUUUCAGACAGGUCAGCUCUCUCUCUCUCUCUCUCUCUCUCUCUCUCUCUCCAGCCUUCCCUCUUUCCGUACUUCGUUCAUUCUGGGUGCACAGAACUCCUCUGCAAGCCGUGUAUGAUGCUAUCACUACUGUGCUGGUUUCUGCUGAUCUUUCUGAGUCAGGGUGCUGAUAGCAGGCGAGAAGGGACCGGUCUGCCGGAGAAAAGGCAGUUCUGUAGCUGGCCGUGUAAAUGUGGUGUCCGGCCGCUGUGUGCCCCUGGUGUCAGCUCCAUCUUGGAUGGCUGCGGCUGCUGCAAAACAUGUGCACGGCAGAUCGGGGAAUCGUGCAAUGAAAGGGACAUCUGUGAUCCUCACAAGAGCAUGUACUGUGACUUUUCCAAAGACCAGCCGCGUUAUGAGCUCGGCAUCUGUGCUUACCUGAUGGGGGUUGGUUGUGACCUGAAUGGAGCUCACUAUGAUAACGGACAGGCCUUCCAGCCCAACCCACUCUACAAGUGUACUUGCAUUUCUGGAUCCAUCGGCUGCACCCCUGCCUUCAUCCAGAAGCCCACAGGAAUGUUGAGUCCCGCUGCCCCCCAGGGCCAACUACCAGCAGGACUCAAGAGCAGUCGAAACCCCAAAAACCAACAGGACACCACCUAUAGGACCAUGUCAGCUUACAGGGAUCCUCCUUUAGCCUGGAAGAAGAACUGUUUGGUCCAAACCACAGCCUGGUCACCCUGUUCACGCUCCUGCGGUAUCGGCAUCUCUGUGCGAGUAAACAACGACAACAGCAAGUGUGAGAUGAGAAAAGAGCGCAGACUCUGCCUGCUUCGGCCAUGUGAUAAAAACACACUAAGAGACUGAAGAUGCCAAAAGGAAACCUGCAAACCCAAAUUCCAGGCCAGUAAAGCAGAGAAGCUCUCACUGUCCGGCUGCACCAGCGUUAAGAAGCACCGGCCGACAUACUGCGGCAUCUGCACAGACAAGCGCUGCUGCGUUCCCAACAAGUCCAAAAUGGUGAACGUCGAGUUCCACUGCAAAGGAGGAUCCAACGUACGCUGGAAGAUGCAGUGGAUCACGUCUUGUGUGUGUCAGAGGAAGUGUAGCAAUGCUGAUGACAUGUUUUCAGAGCUGCACUUGAUCUAAAACACAAACGGAGAAAACGCAAUGCUUUUCAGCUUUACUAUAAGCUAUAGAGCAGUGUUUCCCAACCCUGUUCCCGGAGGCACACCGACAGUACAUAUUUUGGAUGUCUCCCUUACCUGACCCAUUGACUUCAGGUUUUGGAGUGUAUUCUGAUGUUCUGCUGAGUAGGGAGAGGUUUAAAAUGUGUACUGUUCAAGUCAUACUGUUGGUGUGCCUUUAGGAACAGGGUUGGGAAACACUGCUACAGAGCCUACAUGUACAGUUAUGGCCAAAAAUACUGUAAACAAGAAAUCAAAGACACAAGUGCUGUUUAAACGCACUUAAAUUUUAGAGUACGGUCACGAAUAUUGAAGUAUUUUAAUAUUUAAAAAACGAAUACUUGUUGGGACAGUUCCCUUCAACUGUGUUAAAAGUCAAGUUAUUCUAGUAGCUGUAUGCUUUCAUAACAGCUAAAGGCAUGGUCCAGAAACACUUCAUUCACACUUAUGGUUACAUGGACAGUAACUGGCAUAAAUGAGAUAAUAUGGUGUGUGUGUGUUUUUAAUUCAUUCACCAUACCAUUCCUUGACAAAAUGGUGCUGUGUACUUCAGUUCUGGCAUUCUAAUGAAAUCAACCUUGUAUGAAUUUGUGUGUAUUCAAAUGUUUGUGUUGAAAAUGUUUUGGGCACAAAUGCUAACUAACUAGCGCUCAUGUUUGGAAUACAGUGAGAAGGGGGAGAUUUGCUUGGAAACAUACUUUGGAGCCAGAACCGUCUAAAAUCCAAUACGUGAAUUCAAAACGCGACUCAUAAGUACACCAGAUCAAUGCGCAAGUUCAAAACACGAUGUAUUCAUUCAUUCAUUUUCUUUUUGGCUUAGUCCCUUUAUUAAUGUUUUACGCAGUGGAUGUCCCUUCCAGCUGCAACCUAUCACUGGGAAACACCCAUUCACUCUUAUUCACACACAUACACUACUGACAAUUUUUAGCUUACCUAAUUCACCUGUACCACAUGUGUUUGGACUUGUGGGGGAACCUGGAGCAUGCGGUGGAAACCCAUGCCAACAUGGGGGAGAACAUGCAAACUCCACACAAAAAUCCCAACUGACCCAGCUGAGGCUCGAACCAGCGACCUUCUUGCUGUGAGGUGAUGGCACAUCUACUGCGCCACCGCGUCGCCCUCAAAACACGAUUCACAUAACCUAAUUUGUGCAUUUAGAACAAUUCACAAAUACACAAAUCCAAUUCGUGCAUGCCGAGUCUAGUGCAGGGAUGGGCAAACUCGAUCCUGGAGGGCCGGUGUCCCUGCAUAGUUUUGCACCAACCCUAAUCAAACACACCUGCU